CCAAUGAGAAGCGACAACGAAAUUUACGCACAGAAAUAUCACUGACGUGUCCCCAAAAAGAACUACUUAGACGAUUCAUGAUCAUUCUCGAUUCUGAUAAAAUUACGAGGACGUCAGUAAAUCAGUGAAUUGUAUCAAAGAGAGAGUGACUUGUAAAAAACUGUUCAGCGAAAUUAUGGCGGCGACAUUCAAUACAUUCGUAAAUUCCUUCAAUAGCAGAUUGGAUGAACCAGUUAGAAAGCAUUUAAAAAAUGUUUAUGGUUGUUUAUCCUUGUCAACGGUAUCAGCUGCCGUAGGAGCUUAUGUACACAUGUACACACAGCUCUUACAGGCUAACUUACUUACCACCUUUGGUACACUUGGAAUAUUUUUUGCUUUGAUGUCUACGCCAGACAAUGGAAAAAAUCAAAAAUUACGUCUUGGCUAUCUCUUAGGAUUUGCAUUUUUAUCUGGAUUAGGACUUGGUCCAUUGCUUGAGAUUGUGAUCAAUAUUGAUCCUUCCAUUGUAGUAACAGCAUUAGUAGGCACAACUGUUCUCUUUGUGUCGUUCAGUAUUUCUGCACUUUUGGCUGAACGAGGUCGUUGGUUAUAUCUUGGUGGUAUCAUAUUCAGCAUGCUAAAUAUCAUGUUAUUUUUCUCCUUCAUAAAUCUCUUCUUACACUCCCAGUAUAUUUACCAAGCCCAUCUCUAUGCUGGAUUUUUCUUAAUGUGUGGUUUUAUCAUUUAUGACACACAAUUGAUCAUUGCAAAACAUCAUAUGGGUAACAAAGAUUUCAUCGUGCAUUCUUUGGAUCUUUUCAUGGACUUUAUUGGCGUAUUCCGCCAUUUGCUCGUGAUUCUUACGCAAAAGGAAAUUUCGAGGGAACAGCGUAAACGUAAGGAUUAAAAUGGCGUUUACAAGAACUGCAAAAAUAUCACAGCAUCCAAGUAAAUCCAUAAUCCUAGAGGUCUUCAUCUAAUCCAUACAUAGAGAUACCAUAGAUUUUAUACUGUUGGAUAAAUUACUAAUUUUUUUCCAGAGAUAAAAGAAUCAAGAGAUAUAUAUAUAUAUAUAUAUAUACAUGUAUAUACAUAUAUAUAUAUACAUACACAUAUAAAAAUAUAUCUUUCUUUAUUUUUAUUCAAAUAUAUUAUCUUUUUUAUUCAACGUUUAUAAUAAUCACUUUGAUUAAAAUUUAAGAGGACCACCUUUAUCAAAAUAAAUAUAUAAGGAUCAUAAUCAAAAAUUCCUUAACACGUGUAUGUGGGUUCUGUGUCCUACUAAAGCUCUAACUGCAGCACCAUUUAUAUAACUUUCUUUUUCCACACCGUAGAAAGUUAGAAUUCUAAAGAUAGAACGUAUAUACUCUUUCUCUCUUGAUCUUCAUAUAUUAUGAUAAUUUCAGGAUAGGAGAAGAAAAUAUUCAUUAGUAUGAGAUCUAUGAUAAAUGAACACGUACGUACACGACACACGACAUACACAACACACACACACACACACAUAUCCAAUACACGUAUAUCUCUAUAUAGUUCAUAAAAAAAAAAAAUAAAAAAAAAUAAAAAAUAAAAAAUAAAUAAAUAAAAAAAAAAAAACAAUAAUACAAAGUUAUAUUUACUACGAAGAGCAAGUUAAAUGAUUAGUGCUCGUUUACUACUUUAAAGUACUUAUAAAACGUUAUAUCCGCCGGUAUGGUACAAUGUAAUUAUUUGGGUCGUCAAUAUUGUCACUUCCUUCUAUGAAUUACGAUUUCUGUGUUAGAUUUAUACAAGAUAUGUACAUGCAUAUAAAUUUAUUGUAUAUUUUUAACUUUCAAUAAACAAAUUUUCCGAGUUUUUA